UGGCGCCAGCCAGUCACGCCGGUAACGCCUCCCUUUGAAUUUUUUUUAUCUACAUUGGACAUUCUCGUUUCAUUCUGGGAGAGUACUGCCUGAAAACGUCUCACCGCCACCUUGAACAGUUGCUUUGCAGCUGCUGGGGACUAAGAGCCAAGGGUUGAUUGCUGUGUUCAUGGGAGGUUGUGGCCAGGAUACCCCACCACAGCCACACCAACUGCAGCCAUGUCAACCGACCUGACCACAGCAAUCGUUGCCUUUACCCUGGACCUGUACAAGCAACUUCUUUCUGAAAGCAGCAGUGAGACAAAGAACAUUGUCGUAUCUCCAUUCAGCAUUGCAGCUGCUCUGUCAAUGACUCUCGCUGGUGCCAAAGGGAACACAGCCGCUGAAAUCACCAAUGUCUUGCAUACAAAAGAUGACAUGAUCCACGCCCACUUCGCCGACUUCUUUGCCAAGGUCGCAACUUGUGCACCUGACGUGACACUGGACAUUGCUAAUCGAAUGUACACUGAACAGACAUUCAAGGUCUUGGAAAGCUACCUUACUAUGCUUAAGAAGUUUUAUAACAGCACAGUUGUGCCCGUUGAUUUCAAGAACAAUGCCGAAGCGGCCAGACUUGCAGUUAACGCCUGGGUAGAGGAAACCACUAAGUCUAAAAUCAAAGACCUUCUUGCCAGUGGUGUUGUAGGUUGCGACACUGCUCUCAUAUUGGUGAAUGCCAUUUACUUCAAGGGCCUAUGGAAGACACAGUUCAAUCCUAAGGUGACCAGCCUGCAGGAGUUCUACACAUCCAAGGAAUUGUCUAAACAGGUCCACAUGAUGUACAAGCAGUCACACUUUAAGAUCAACACUGAAUGCUCUGACCUAAACGCAAAUGCCAUCGAAAUUCCAUACAAAGGUGGCAAGAUGUCCAUGGUGAUUCUUCUGCCCCAUGAAAUCGACGGACUUCCGAAGUUGGAGGCAGCACUCACGUCAUCCAAACUGUCGGAUGUCUUAAAGGGACUCUAUUCAACAACAGUUGACCUCAGCCUUCCACGUUUCAAGAUUGAGUACAGCAUAGACCUCAAGAGAACGCUUAGUGCCAUGGGUGUGAAGGAUUUGUUCACCGACAAUGCAGCUGAUCUCUCGGGAAUCGACGGACAAAGGGAUCUCGUGAUUUCGGCGGCGAUUCACAAAGCCUUCGUGGAAGUCAACGAGGAGGGAACGGAGGCGGCAGCAGCUACAGGAAUGGUGGCAAUGGCAAGGUGUGCCAGCAUGGGUAUUCCGUUCUCGGUCGACCACCCGUUUAUGUACUUCAUUCGAAGUCACGACCCGGACGUUAUUCUUUUUGCAGGGUCAGUACGUGAUGUGUAGGCGUCUGCUGACAUGAUUCACCUGUUGACAUUUAGUGGAUGUUGAGAUGAGUGAUCAAUGUGCAAUUGCUCCAAUGAGUGGCUAAUUUUUGCUUUGAUGUUGUAACAAAGCACAAAGUCAAGCGUUUGGUUCCUGCUGGUGGAGGCCUUGUCGAGGGUUGGAGGUGAAUAUACAAGCACACCUUUGGGGGGCUCUACCGGUAGAGCUGUUCGUGAAACAAGCGAAGCAGUACGCGAAAGCACUUUUGACAGACUCGCGGGAGGAUGUCAAGUGAUAUUCUCCUGAAUUUCUGUUUGUGCACUUUUGCUUUGGUAUUGUAAUGUGUUAAUGCAGCUAUCAUUAAGCAUUAUCACAUUACUUUUUCUUAAGUCAAACUGUGACAGAAUCUUAUUAACGUGAACUCUAAAGGACCUUUUACACCAAAUUCGGAAACUCGAGAUGUUUGUGUUGUUUGUUAGUCCUGUAUGCUGGAGCCACAUCUGACCGAUUAUUACUGGUGAGCCUUGCCAAAAGAUAUCUUAAUUUUAUUUUAAAGUAAGAGUGCAUGCUCCUCCGAGUAUUCAGGUACAAUAGUCAUUUUCUAUGGUGUCACGUAGACAGAGGAUCCCCUUGUGACGUUGGAGAGGUCCUGAACAUUUGUGGGGUGCAUACAGUACCCCGACUAGCACCCAAAGACAACUAUUGUUCAUCACCUCUCUCGCUCUGUUGCCAGGCUGCUUACACCAGGAAUGCUUUUCUUAUUUUCUGAGGGGGACACGCUCAACGCACCUACAUUGUUUCAUUCUUCUCCGCCUGGGGGUACCCCUAUUUGAAGACUGCGUGAUUCAGUAUCACCGAAGCUUGAGCACACGUAGUCUGAAGUGCAGCUUUGCAGUGGGGCGCUAGUUUCUUAUGGCAUUUUGGCAAGCGUUUCAGACUGUUGCAAAAUUGUUCCUAAUUAACAUCACUAGCUAUAAUUAUGCAAUGCAAUAGAGCAUUUACGAUAUAAUUUUGGCAUUACCAGAUGCAAAGCUACAAAUUACCGUUAAAAACUUUCAAACAAAACUUUCGCUGUCAGGGGUCCUUGAAGGCAUUGAGAAACUAUGUCACAUUUAGCAGGGCUUUUGUUUCCUUGAACACACUCACAGUGGGGCAGCUCCCAAAUAUAAAACCAAGUUGGAGGCUGUUCUGCACAACCAUCAAUGCAUUUUAAGUGGUUUUCAUUUCCUGUUCUACUGCAUUUUGCUUUAGCUUGCAGCAAGUGGAAUGCGAUAUUGUGUGGUAUCUUUGUGUGCAAGCUCUUGCAAACUCAUCCACUUUUAUUUUUAUUUUAUUUACGGCUGUCAGCCCUUACA